AUGAAAAGGAAUCUGCAAUUUACGUUAGCAAUACUACUUUGCAUACUUUAUGACUUCAAGGUGAAAUAUAAUGAAGUAGGCAUCAGCAUAAGUCCUUUAAUUUUCGAGAGCAUUGAAAAUGCCUACAUUCAACCGGAAAAUGGAAGAAAUGUGUUUCUGUUAGAGACGAGGAAUACAACAACCGACGUGAUUUUGAAUCCACGACAGGCUUGCGCGGUCGAGUCUGCUGCUUUAAUGAACCCAGACCACGAAGUAUUCUUAAUUUAUGCUUCAAAAGAUCGACUCCAAAAUAUAGAAAGGACUCAAGAACUGCACUCAAUAUUAACUUAUCCGAAUGUGCACAUUUAUUAUAUCAAUGAUCUUGAAAAAUUUACAGAAGGGACUCCUUUUGAAGACUUCAUCAAAUCACGACAACUUUUAGACGCAAAAUAUCCUAUUGAACAUACUGCUGACGUUCUCAGAGUUCUCUUGCUUUGGAAGUUUGGUGGGACUUACACAGAUACAGACACCAUUACAAGAUUACCUUUUGAUACUUUGGAACCUAAUUUUGCUUGUCAAGAAAAUGAAAAAUAUGUUGUGAAUGGAGUUUGGAACAUGGAAAGUGCUGACAGAAGUCCUCUUGCUACACUUUUUGCAGAACAUUUAACAAAGAACUACGAUGCAACAACAUGGGCUAAAAACGGUCCAGGGUUGGUAACAGCGGUAGUUUCAAAACUCUGUGGAACUGAAAGUGUUACGCAAAUGAUUGCUAAGAAAGAAUGCGAGGGCUUUCACGUGUUACCUCGAAAAGUCUGCUAUCCAAUACUGUAUGAUGAAAAAAGUAAACUAUUCAACAGUUCUAAUGCUGAUGAAAUAAUGACAAGAUCAGUCAAUGAUAUUUGCACAGCUGAGACCGAAGUUAUGAAUGAUAAUUGUUUUCUCAGCUUUUUGAUAGCAGCUCAUCAAUUAAAAAAUACUUGA